AUGGAUAUGGCCUCUUCUUCUUCUUAUUCUUCUUCAUCCGCUGCAACUCUUGCUGAUGCUGAUGAUGCAAAAAAGGUUACGGAUAUCGCUUCUUCAUCAUCCGCUGCUGCUCCUGCUGAUGCUGAUGAUACAAAAAAGUACGAUGUGUUUAUUAGUUUCAGAGCUUCUUCUGUUCUUAAGAAUGUUAGGGAGAACUCAAAAAAACCAAAUGGACUAGAUCACUUGGUAAAAACACUUCUUAAGGAGAUAUUAAAGGAAGAAAAUCUAUCCAUGGAAUCAACUUUUGUUCAAGAUAGGCUCAGGCGUACAAAGGUCCUCAUUGUUCUUGAUGAUGUGAGUAAUUCAAUGCAAAUGCAACAUUUAGCUGGCAAUCGUCUUAGGUAUGGCAGUGGAAGUAGAAUCAUUAUCACAAGUAGAGAUAGGAGCACACUUAGGCAAAUUGUUGAAGUGGAUAAGAUCUAUGAGGUUGAGGGAUUACAACCGGAUGACGCUGUUCAGCUCUUUUGUUCGUGUGCUUUCAAGGAUAACAGUACUCGUAGAACAUAUUAUAAGGAGUUGGUAGAAAAGGCCGUGCAUUAUGCUGGACGUGUUCCUUUAGCUCUUAUAGAAAUUACAAAUAUUGAAGCCAUACAGGUUAAUUGGUAUAAUCUUCAAGAGCAACCAUUGAAACGUGUAGACUUGAAAAAGAUGUCUAACCUAAUAAUGUUAAGCUCGUUUGGCAAAUUGACCGCUUCUCUAGACCUUCCCGAUUCUCUUAUACUUGUCAACUUACAAGUUAUCUAUAUGGAUGGCUCUGCGUAUUUAACUGAAGUUCCAAAUCUGUCUGGGAGUCUAAAAAUUGUGGAGAUAACUCUCAGGGGCUGUGAAAAGAGUCUCAAGUAUCUUCCAGAAAUGCCAGGAAAUAUUCAAUACUUAAAUUUAGAAUGCAGUGGUAUAAAGGAGUUGCCUGAAUCAGUUUGGUCUAACGAAAAUAUUUCUUACUUGAAUUUAAGGCAAUGCAAAGACCUUAAGAUACUUCCAAGCAGCAAGUGUAAGUUGAAAAAUCUCGAGAAACUCGAUCUCAAUUUGUGCUCUAAAUUUGAAAACUUACCAGAGGUUUUGGAGCCAAUGGAACAUUUGAAAUCCUUAAGUUUAAUUGAAACAGCGGUUACAGAGCUACCCUCAUCAAUCUGUAAGUUGAAAUAUCUUGAGAGUGAAAUCUUGAAGCCAAUGGAGCAUUUGGGGUAUCUUUGUUUGCACUGCACAGCUGUCGAAAUGCUUCCUUCGUCUAUUGGAAAUCUAAAUAGGCUUCAAGAUUUAAACCUUAGUGGCUGCGAUCAACUUAAGGAUGUCCCAACAACUAUCUAUCGUUUAACCAAUCUUAAAUGUCUCUAA